UAUUUUAGAGGAAUGUUUGUUCCGCUGAUCUCACAGCUGCACAGCAGGACGCCUCACGUCAGUAGUUAUUAACGCGUCAAUGUUCACAGCCCUAAUAUUAAUGCAAAAUGAACUCUUUCUCAAUUGCAGAAGAAGAAGUCACUGUUGGAAAGUUCUAUGCGACAUUCCUGAUCCAGGACUACUUUAGAAAGUUCCGGAAACGAAAAGAGAAGGGAGAUCUGACAGGAGACCCGAACUCCACCAAUCCGUCGGCCGUCCAGUUAUGCAAAGCAGGUCUGAAGACUCUCCAGGACCUGGGUCCAGAGAUGCGUUUGGCUCUGAAUGAAGACCUGGAUGAGGAGGAGGCCAUGCUGGAGGAAGAGGAGAUGGAGGACAGCGCCUCCUACAUGGCUGAAAACCAUUUUGAAGCAGAGAAAGAGAGACGAGGCUCCAUACUAACACCCACUGGUUUGGGUGGUGUCCUGGCUGACAGCGGCUCCUCCAACGGAUGCCUGGUCCACCGAGUCGGCUCCUUCACCAAGAUGGCCAAUGGGAAUGAACACGGGGACCAUUCUCGCCGCAAAGAAAGCUUGAGGUCUUCUUUCAAUCAACGCCAUUCAUUGGGGAAGAGCAGCCUUCUAGAUCACGCUCACAGAAGACCAUCGUUCUACAAAAAUGAACGGUGAGCGGGAGUAAUUCCUGCGGUGUCCUGUAGGGGUCACUGUGCUGCAAGAAAGACUAAUGAGGCUAAACUGGGAACUUCCCCUUCAUUU